UAGAUACUCAAAGAGUUGGUUUAGAUUUAGCUAAAAAUAUAGCUCAAUCUAAAAAUGGCAAAUGUUUAUCAGAUAAGUAUAUUAAUAUUCAUACUCCAUUGCAAUGGAGAUGCCGUCAAGGACAUAUUUGGCAUGCAGUAUUAAAUUCAAUAAAAAAUCAAAAUUCAUGGUGUCCUCAAUGUGCAGGACGUUCUAAACUUGAUAUUAAUAUUGCUAAAGAAAUUGCUCUUAAAAAAGAUGGAAAAUGUAAUACAAAACUCUCCAUUGAUGAAGCUAGAAAAAUUGCGACUAAAAAUAAAGGAUUAUGUCUUUCUGAAAUAUAUAAUGGUGCACAUACAAAAUUAAAAUGGCAGUGUGAAAAAAAGCAUGAAUGGUAUGCAACUUUAAAUAGCCCACCAUCUGAUAUUCGUAGACCAGAUUUCUUAAAAACACCUAAUCAUCCAUUAGGACUUGAGCUUGAUAUAUACUAUCCACAAUAUGGUUUUGCUAUUGAAGUUCAAGGUAUACAACAUGAAUGUUUUCAUACUUUCUUUCAUAAAAACCAAGAAGAUUUUGAAAAGCAGUUUGCACGAGAUCAGCUAAAAAAAGAACUUUGCAAUAAAAAUCAAAUAGUACUUAUUGAAAUAUGGUAUUAUGAAGACCCGUAUAUAGUAAUUUCUCAACAACUUCAAAAAUUAG